AUGGCAGUCACAGCACUUCUCAUCAGUCUGUUGAUCGAUGUAUUGUUUCUGCUCACUGUUCGAGGUCAGAACUACGUUCAUGAAGCUGAUGCAGUUUUUCUUCAUGUUGUUCCAAACAGACUGCAGUUCUUUGAGUAUGAGCACAUCUUAUUCAACUGUACGGGGCGUCGCAGACCAACUGAAUGGAGAGUGAUGAGAAAGAGUUCCUCUAAUACUUCACGAUGGGAGACAUCGACAGGAUGUUUGAACAUUCAACCUGCCUUUGUAUCACACAGUGGAGAAUACUGGUGUGAAGAUGGGGAGGGAAGGAGAAGCAACUCUGUCAACAUCACUAUCAAAGGUGGUGGUGUAAUCCUGGAGAGUCCUGCUCUCCCUGUGAUGGAACAACAAAAUGUCACUCUGCGUUGUAGAUUAAAGGGAACAUUCUCCAACCUGCCAGCUGAUUUCAUCAAAGAUGGCCACAUGAAUAUGGUUGCAUAUAAAGGCGAGAUGACCAUUCACAAUGUUUCCAAGUCUGAUGACGGACUCUACAAGUGCAGAAUAUCUGGAACAGGGGAAUCAGCAGGGAGCUGGCUGGCUGUCAGAGCAUAUAUGAGUCUUACUCCUCAAGUGGGUCAAGAGACUUCUCCUCCUCCUCAUCCUCCACAACCUGGCUCCAUUCAGGACUACAUCCCGUUAUUGGUUGUCUUGGCCAUUUCGUGUGUGGCCGUGCUGCUCUUGGUGGUGGGAAUACUUCAGUGUCAGAAACACAAAGUAGCAUGCUUUUCCGCUGUGACGCCAACUACAGAAUCAGAACGAGUUUCAGUGUAUGAACAUGUCGAUGAAGAUGGCCCACAAAUACCUACGUAUGCUGAAGUCACAAAACACAGGGGGAGGAGAGGUGUUCCAGCAGCAAACCUAGUCGACGUGACCUAUGCUACUAUUACAUAGAUGGAAAAGAGGUACUUCAGUUGGUGAUAUUGUACUCAGUACUGACUAGUUUGCUUAAAGUGGAACACAUAGCACGUACCAUGUUUGAUAUAGCAAUCUAUGUCUGAAACUACCAAACCACCAUCACGUCUUUUCACACAUCUGAACGUGCUCUAGCUUUUAAAUACACUUUCCGUGGUCAGCUGCUAACAUGAUGAAUUUAGCACAGGUCUGUUACCUGAAGACGACCACAUAACUCUAUGUUAAGGGGACAAUAAAACAAUGUUUUACGUCCAUUAUUAGAAGUGGAACACAUACCAUGUACAAUAUUUGCUGCAGUGCGAUGUUUCUGGAACUGCAAAACCACCCUGACCACCUUCGCGUGUCUUCACACAUCUGAACAUGCUGCUGUAGCUUUAAUAAGCAAUAAUUAGAAGCAAAAAGCAUUCAUCCCAUAAUCAGAAGAGUUAUGUCUUUUUAUGUAUGUAUGUAGAUUUUUUUUUGCAUCAAGAGGUGAAGUUUCAGACUGUGAUGAAGUGAAUACUGCUCCCCUAACCCUCCCUUUCCAACCGCUAAGAAGAAACUGCUACAGCGAAAGAAACAUGGCGACUGAAUACACUAGACGCCUUGAAAGAGGACCCACUUCCUCUGUAGAUAAAGGCUUGUUCUGAUGCAAAAAAAAAACCCCACAGUGAUUCUUAUUUUUAGGUACCGUAAUUAUACACAAAUGAAAACAUACUUAUGAAUAAUAAAUUCCAUUUAUGCGAUUAGAUCCACCUAAGUCUUUCACGCGAUCAUAUCAACAAUGAUAUUGUGUCGGUUUGGUUUUACAGAAGCUGAAGUUGUGUGUCAUCAGUAUCUCUAAAUUAUAUUUAAAAAA